UACUGUAUUUAUUUUCCAUUUCAUUGAUUUCAUUCAUAAACACGUUGUUGGUUGUAGAUCGUACUUCUAUCAGGAGGUGUAGGUCAGAGAAAUAAGAAGGUAGAUUGGGCCGAUACUUAGCCUUUAAUAUACACAGGCUUGAUAUUUUCAAGAGACAUGGAAAAGGUUGGCAAGCUAUGGGGUGGUAGAUUUACAGGAGCUACGGAUCCUAUCAUGGAACGAUUUAAUGCCUCUAUUACUUUUGAUAAGCGGUUAUGGAAGGAAGACUUGCAAGGGAGUCAAGCCUAUGUGAAGGCUCUCAAAAAGGUCGGCAUUGUUACUGAGGCAGAGAUGAAAGAAAUUCAACAAGGUCUUAACAAGGUACAUGAUGAAUGGGCUAGUGGUGAGUUUGUACUGCAGCCUAAUGAUGAGGAUAUACAUACCGCAAAUGAACGCCGUCUCAAGGAAUUCAUAGGAGCGCCUGCUGGUAAGCUUCAUACAGGAAGAAGUAGAAAUGAUCAAAGGGCCCAGCCAAUCAGGUGGAGCCAUUGGCUCCUAAGUUAUGCUUGGGCUUUUCGACGAGACUUGCAAUACAUGGAUGAAUUUAUUAAAAGAUUUAAUUAUUUACCACUUGGAUCUGGAGCUAUAGCUGGUAAUCCAUUCAAUGUUGACAGGAAAUUUCUAGCAGAAGAGCUUGGAUUUCUCGGGGUAACGGCAAACAGUAUUGAUGGUGUUAGUUCUCGCGAUUUUGUGACAGAAUUUCUGUUCUGGGCUUCUCAAACCAUGCUCCACCUCAGCAAGUUGUCUGAAGACCUUAUUUUGUAUAGUUCAAAAGAAUUUAGCUUUGUCACUUUAUCAGAUGCAUACAGCACAGGUAGCAGUUUAAUGCCACAGAAAAAGAAUGCUGAUAGCUUGGAAUUGAUCAGAGGCAAGUGCGGCCGUGUCUUUGGAAGGGUGAGGAUUAAUAGGAUUAAUAGUAAACUGUAG